AUGGCAAAGAAUAUCAAACAGCCCAAACUUCAAGAUGAUGUGUUUACUGAACGCGUUCGCUUUUUCAAAGAAUUCUUGGAGGCAAAUGUAUCCUUGGUUAUUUUAUUUUAUUUAUUUUUGAAAUUAGGCAAAGUUCUUAGCACGCGAACUGAGGGUGCCACAAGUUCCUACAAAGACGAAAUAAGACAAUUGCUCGACAAGGGAGAAAAACGACUAAUAAUCAACCUAAAUGACUUGCGGCAUUAUCAUGCAGAAAAUUCCGAAAAGUUGCUGGAUUUACCCAAUGAAUGGAUACCUCCAUUUGAAAAAGCACUCAAAGAAGUUGCAAUAAAUAUACAAGAUCCAGUGAAACAUAAUGUAGAAGAUCAACGUUUGUAUGUCGGGUUUACUGGAAAUUUUCAUUACCACCUCAAUCCAGGAACGUUGAGAUCAUUCCACUUGGGAAAAUUAGUCAGCAUUGAAGGGAUAGUCUCAAGAUGUUCUCUUGUUCGGCUAAAACUUGCUAAGAGUGUUCAUUACUGCGAAAAAACAGGCGUAUUCUAUUUCAAAGAAUAUCAGGAUUCAACUACUAUAGGGAAUCAUGUUCCUACACCUUCGGGAUAUCCUACAGAAGAUGAGAAUGGGAAUCCACUAACAACUGAAUUUGGAUAUUCAGUGUAUCGUGAUCAUCAAAUGAUUUGUCUUCAAGAGAUGCCCGAAAAAGCUCAUGCUGGACAAUUAUUAAGAUCUGUAGACGUCAUUUUAGAUGAUGAUUUAGUAGAUAAAGUGAAGCCUGGGGAUCGUAUUCAACUUGCCGGUUGCUAUCGAGCUAUUGGCAAACCAAAUCAAGGAUCAUCAUCCUCAACAUUUAGAACUGUCAUUGUCGCCACUAAUAUCACCAUCCUCUCUGGUGAUAUAGGUCGUCAUGUGAUCACAGAGAAAGACAUCGAGAACAUUGAAAAUGUUAGUAAAGACAAAGACAUAGUCGAGAAACUUUCGAAAUCUUUGGCGCCCUCCAUAUUCGGACACGAUAUUAUCAAGAAGGCUAUCUUGCUUAUGUUGUUGGGUGGAAAAGAACAAAAUUUAUCUAGUGGUACUCAUAUAAGAGGCGACAUUAAUAUCUUGAUGGUCGGUGACCCAUCUACCGCGAAAUCACAACUUCUUCGACGAGUACUUAACAUUGCGCCUCUUGCAAUAGCAACAACUGGUCGAGGAUCAUCAGGAGUGGGUUUGACAGCAUCAGUUGCCAGGGACAAGGAGACCGGUGAAAGGUGUCUCGAAGCUGGAGCGAUGGUUCUUGGUGAUCGUGGGGUGGUAUGCAUUGAUGAAUUCGACAAAAUGACUGACGUCGAUCGGGUCGCUAUUCAUGAAGUAAUGGAGCAGCAAACUGUGACUAUUGCCAAAGCAGGCAUUCAUACUUCGCUGAACGCCCGAUGUAGUGUGAUUGCAGCGGCCAAUCCUGUAUAUGGACAGUACGACGUUUAUAAAAAUCCUGCUCAGAAUAUUGCACUUCCAGAUUCUUUACUCUCCCGGUUUGAUCUUGUCUUCGUCGUUACUGACACCUUAAAUGACACUCAUGACCGUGAGGUUUCCCGGCAUGUUUUGCGUUUGCAUCAAUACCGUCCACAUAAUUUGGAAGAAGGAGCACCGAUAAAAGAAGAAUUAGGGCAAACAUUAUUUAUGGAACAAAAUGAAAAUGCUGCUAGACCAACGCCUAUUUAUCAACAGUAUAAUUCACAGGCGGAUGUGAAUUACGAUGGUCAAGAGAGAUCAGAUUUGCAAUCGGACCGACUCUUCUCACCUGAAUUUCUUCAAAAAUAUAUUCAAUAUGCCAAAAGUCGAGAAGAACCUAACCUAGGAAAAAAGGCGGCCGAUUAUAUUUGCGGAAUAUGGACUUCUCUUCGCAACGAAGUCGAUAGUGAUAAUUUCAAAACUUCGCCUAUGACUCCACGUGCAUUAGAUUCACUUUUCCGUCUUGCUACAGCCCAUGCAAAAGCGCGUCUUUCGCGAAAUGUUACGAAAAAUGACGCUUUGGUAGCUGAGCAAAUUGUAAAGUUCGCCUUGUUUAAAAAAGUUGAAGAAAAACGCAAUAAGAGACACAAGUCAAUCGUAAUAUCUGACGAUGAGGAAGAUGACGAUACUCUUAACGAUGACAGUUCAUCUGACGAUAGUAUUAUAGCUACUAGAAGAAAUAGAAGAAAUUCAGGGUAUGUCAUCUAA